AUGAAGACGGUGAUUACCCAACGUGGACGAAAUCUCAACCUUAAAAGCGCCCUGUAUAAGUCGAUCUCCUUCAUCCUCCGUGCUGAACGAUCUUUGGGUGGUCAUGUUAUGCGAAUGUUGGCGACUUCUGAACCUGCCGGUCAAGGCUCAGUGAAUGCGCAUGCUAUGGCUCUAACUAAGUACGCGGAUACUCCAACGGGUUCCUUCAUGACACGACAUACAUCAGAUAUGAGGAUAUCAUAUGUUCACGACCGUCUCAAUUACAUAUUGAGAAAUGAGCUCAAAACUCUGAUGGGCUCGAGUUUCUUCGAACUAAUAGAGCCAAGCGAUUUACCUUCAUUUCGGGAGUCAAUGAAGACGUUGUUUGCAAAGGGCCACGUACGCACUCCCUUGUAUCGUCUUUUGGCUGCUAACAAUACGGUGGUUUGGUUGACCACAGAAGCUUCCACAGUCAACCAUACAUCCAAAGGCCAAAAAGCUCAAUACGUAAUAUGUGUACAUCACAUUAGCAGGGUCAGUUCACCUUCUUUUUAUUACUGCAUUGGCUCGGUUGGGCUAUUCUGUUGCAAACUUGGCAAAUCCAGCUUGCUUUGGUAUAUCCGAUUUCAAUUACAUUGCACUGUAUUUAGAAUCAAGGGCAUUCUGGAAGAAGUGUCGUCGGCUAGCCAAGGUGGUCUCCCAAUCACGAUUGAGAUCAAGAAGGAGAUUGAUGAUGCGAGAGACUACGCAGGUCGUCAACCGCACAUCGAUGGUAGCGGUACACUGGAUUUCCAGAUGCAGCCAUUUACGGGAAGGGAAGAUUUCAGUGUAAUGUCACGGCUAUUAUCUUUUGGUGAUCCCGAAGCGUCAAAGAAUACUUCACUUGAAGGAGCGAGUGAGAGGGGCAGCGGCUCGUAUUCGGACGCAUUUUUUCGCAGCCAGUCAGAAUGCACGACUCAGAGCUUCGGAGAGCUCCAGGGACACUCUCCCACUAGCGACACCUCUUUGGCCACGACGCGCCUCGUGGGCACACCGUCUCGUAGUCCCACCGAUGACGGCGCUUCGACCGGAGCCGGACUCCUCCGAGGAGCAACUGGAGGAGCUUCAUGCUCUCCGUUGGCUGACGGCGUCUCGCAAUGCGGCCUAUACAGCCCGCCCUCGACAGCUCGCUCGAACCUCAGCGGAGGAACUGAUAGACAUUUGGACGGUAGCCAGUCCGCCACUCGCCCACGAAGCCUUUCCGCCGUUUGUGCAUCAAAUGCUGUCGCAUUGUCGUCCGGUAUGCUCUCAGACGGAGGAUGUGACGACGCCUCAAGUUUGCUCUCCUCUCUGUCUGCUGCCAUUGCUCGUUCCUCGACCGGAAGUCUCCCAACGAUGACGGUCUAUCCACAGUCACUGUGUACACCCACCUAU